AUGGUUAGACCUUAUGUUCGCUCUAAAGUGCCUCGGAUUCACUGGACACCUGAUCUCCACCGCUGUUUUGUGCAUGCAGUUGAUAUCCUUGGAGGAGCAGACAGAGCUACUCCAAAGAAGAUCUUGCGAAUCAUGAAUGUUAAAGGUCUCACCAUGAAUCAUAUAAAAAGCCAUCUUCAGAUGUACAGAAACAUGAAAGAUGAAGAAUUAGUACAAGAAGCAGCAGCUGCAAGAGCGGAGGCGAAUGAGAAGGGGAAGCACUCCUCGCAUUCAAAUGACUCGUACCUAACUGAAUCAAUCAAUAGCUCCGCUACUCCACCCUGGAAAGAUGAGAAGAAAACGAAAUCUUACCUCAUCUUUACAGAUCUAUUUCAGGGAUUAACCAAUAAUACUCGAGAAAGCAAUGAUGAUGAAGGGACUGAUGCUAAUAUUCGAGGAGCUAUUGAUGCCACAAUGCCUCAGACACUAAACUCAUCAUCAAAUGCUGGGAGUAUUUCUAAUGUAAAUGAUGUCUCCCUUGAACUCGAGCUCACUCUUGGUUAA